CCCAUAAAACUGCAGAUUAUCCGAGCGGAUACGCGAAUGACGUCAAACAUAAAUUUGUGGCUUAAUCAAACGAGGAUUGUUGGCAAUGCGUCAAUUGAAAACCUCGACUUUAAAUUGCUUGAAUCACGAGUUCGAGAUGUAGACCAAGCAACAUUCAGCGAUCUCGGCCUUUUCGGUGCUGAAUUUCUGGAACAGUUGCUUACUGAGAUACUGCAGGUUGGCAUUUUUAUGCCAACAAUGAGGGGCGUCAUUUUGAAGAGUCCAGGGUUAUCUGUACAUAAUCGUUAUCUAAAGGUACAGACGUACUUCAGAAUGGAUGAACGUUUCGCCGGUAGGCUAAUUCAAGGCGCAGUAAGACAAACGUUUAAAAGCAUGAGUGACAGCAGUGCAGGUUGA